GGCGUCCACGCCUCUCAGCCCCCACCGGCUGACCACUACCUCCCCUAUUCCCCACACCCCCAGUCUCAAGCCUGGUCCUUAACCGUCAUUCCAUCCUCACCCCGACCCCCAACCCCAACCCCGACCCUGGCGCUCUACCCCUCGCACCGAGACCACUUUGGACCUUUCUGACCUCUCCUCAGCGGCCCCACCUCACAUCAUCCGAAAAGACUUACUCCUUUCUCUCCAAGACUCCCAACCAUGCACAUGGGCCAGGGAGGAGCAGUCCACGAGGCUGGCUUGUCCGGGAAAAGCUGAUACAGUCUCUGCCGCAUUCAGACAGUCGGGGGACUGGGGGAUGUGACCGUCCUCAGGUGUCCAAACUAUUAAUGUCAAAAUACCAGUAUGAAGAAUCAGAAGCCUGUAUCAUCAGUGAAAAAGUCCAAGUUAGGUUCAGCCAGGAGUGCUACAGAAAGUCGAAAUUGUCCAUUACUGAUCUAAGGAUUUCACAUUGGGAAAAGGCUAUUCAAGAAACAAGAGGGAAUGAGCCCAUCCGGGAACUAGCUAAAGAAUGUUAUCUCCUAUGGAAAUCUACACGUCUUCAACAUAUGACUUUAUCAGAAGACAUAAAAAGCAUGCUGACUGAACUUCGAAAGGAGGUCCGCCUCCUUCUGUUGACUAAUGGUGAUACACAGACACAAAGGGAGAAGAUUGAAGCUUGUGGCUGUGAGCCAUAUUUUGAUGCUAUUGUUGUAGGUGGAGAGCAAGAGGAAGAGAAACCAGCACCAUCUAUAUUUUAUCACUGCUGUGAUCUCCUUGAGGUACAGCCAGGAGACUGUGUGAUGGUUGGGGAUACUCUAGAAACAGAUAUCCAAGGAGGCCUUAAUGCUGGCUUGAAAGCAACAGUUUGGAUAAAUAAAAAUGGGAUUGUGCCCCCAAAGCAAUCCCCAGUACCUCACUAUGUUAUUUCUUCUGUGCUAGAGUUACAUGGAAUCUUAAAGAAAAUAGAUUACCUUCCCACUAUGUCAGCUUAAUAAGUAUAAGACUCAUUAAGAAUUUCAUGGUCAGGCCUUAAGUUUCUGCUGGGAAUGAGUUAGAGGUACAUAUCUUCUUUUAGUCUUGUAAGUUCCAAAUCAGGAACAUAUAUAAUUCAAUAAUUUAUAAGAAAGUCAAUUAUCACUUUUUCUUUGAGAAAAAUAAAAGUUAUUUUUUCUUAA